AUGCCUCAACGACUAAGUCGAAAGUUUUGCACCUGUAAUGGUCUUUUACAAAAAUUAUGGAAGCAUAAUACCUAUAGCUCAAAUAGAGAACUUUUGGCGUUGCAUUGGUAUUUUACACGGCAAUAUGACACAAUAGCAAGCAAGAGCUUUAAUAAUUCUCGAUAUAACAAUGAUAAUAAGACAGAUAUAAAACCAUCGGAAAAUGAGAAGCAAAAUUUUAAACUCACAUGUAAGGAAACAAAGUUUGAUGCUGAAGAAAAUCAAAAGUUGGUGAAUAUUCUACGUCAACAGAUAUCUCAAAAAAAACCGUUAAUCAUAAUUCUGCAAACUUACACACAAGCAUCCUCAGAAUCUUUGAAUUUAUUGACGCAUGCUGACUACAUGGAUUUGCUCACGUCACUAAAAGCCUGUGAAAACAAGUUUCUUGUCUUGAAUUUUCUAAGUACAAUUCGUGAUGAUCUCAGAUCUAUGAAUUUAACGUUGAAUGAUCAAGCAUAUAAUUUAAUGCUUCAUCUUUAUGGACAGCAUAACAAUUAUAAAAAGGUGGAAAGGCUUUUAAUAGAAAUGAGAGAUAAAGGUAUUUCGGUUGAUGUGGAUAUUUUGAACUCACUAAUUUCUAAUUUUGCACGUAUUGGAAGAGCAGAUUGGGUAAUACCAAUUUAUCAAGAGAUGCAACAUGGGUUAGCUAAACCGAAUAUUGAGACUUAUAAUAUCAUGUUAGAAUUAUGCAUUCAAGUACGGAAUCUUAGAGGAGCGCAUUACUUGUUGACAAUGGAACAUGAAAACAUAAAGCUAGACAUUACGUUUUACAAUCAACUUAUAGAUGCUUACUCGAAGAGAAAGGAUUUUACGAGGGCCAACGAGUGUUUAGACUUGAUGGAAUCAAGAGGUCUCGCGCCCGAUAUUUCAACGAUUAAAAUUCUGCUUAUUGCGUCUUGCGAUCAAGAUGAUUUUCAACACGCGCUAAGACUUUAUAGGAAAAUUUUUGAAUUAAAAUUGAGGCCUGAUGAAGAGAUUCUCGAUUCUCUCACGGCUUGUUAUGAACGUUCAAAAAGAAAAGACAAUCGAAAAAAGGAAAUUACAUCGAAUACUAUUUCUUUUGGCAUGCACAAAUAA